CUAGAGCUGGCCGGCCGUGAGAGUCAACCCCUUUUCCGGCCAACAGGCGAAGGCAAUUACCAGUCGGGUUGCUGUUUGGAGAUGGAAGGAGGUCGCUCCUCCCGUCCCUCACGGUGCCCUGCGAGGUUACCCAUUCCCCAGAUACCUUGGGACGAUGGAGAUAGAAACAAGGUGCUACCGGCGUUCACGAAAAAGCGAAUGCUUCGGAAGGACAAAAAGAUGACGCAGGCCAUCGGGGAGUCCAGCCGUCCAUACAGAUACGACGUGUUCCUGAGCUUCCAUGGCGAGGAUACACGCAACGGCUUCACCAACUACCUCCACGAGGAGCUGAAGCAGAGUGGGAUCGCCGCGUUCAUGGACGAGGAGGAGCUCUGGAAGGGCGAGGAGAUCGCGCCGGCGAUCCUCCGAGCCAUCGGGGAGUCGAGGAUCUCGAUCGUCGUGUUCUCGGAGAACUACGCGUCCUCUAGCUGGUGCUUGGACGAGCUGGUGAGAAUCGUGGAGUGCAGGGAUACGAUGGGGCAGAUCGUGUGGCCGGUGUUCUACAAGGUGGAUCCGUCGGAUGUGAGGAAGCAGAGGCGGAGGUACGGACGAGCGCUAAACGAUCACGAGGAGAGGUUGAAGUCGAACGGCGGUGAUUCGGAGAAGGUGAAGAGGUGGAGAAAAGCUUUGACCAAAGCAGCUAACGUCUCUGGCUGGCAUCUGGUUAAGCAGCGCGAGUCAAAUGUCAUUCGGAGCAUUGUCAAGGCAGUAUGCGCUCAGCUGAAGAAUCGCAACCAGUUACACAUUCCUGAAAACGUGGUUGCCAUGGACUCGCAUGUGGACCGCAUGCAUACUUUGCUAGACAUGGAGUUGAAUGAGGUUCGCAUAGUUGGAAUUUGCGGAUUUGGAGGAAUAGGGAAGACAACUAUCGCCAAAGCUACUUACAAUGCCUUUGUGCACAAAUUUGAGUAUUGUAGAUUUCUUUCCAGCGUUAGAGAAUCUUGCGAGAAAUUCGCAGAGAGUGGCCUACUUCGGCUUCAAGAGGCACUUAUUUAUAAGGUAAGGUGGGAUGAUUGUCUGAAGCUUCACAAUGUUGACGAAGGUAUGAGCAUGAUAAAGAGUAGACUUUCCAAAAAAAAGGUCCUCAUUGUCAUUGACGAUGUGAACCAAUUGAUCCAAUUGGAAAAACUAGUUGGGGGAUGUGAUUGGUUUGGUUGUGGAAGUAGAAUCAUCAUAACAACUAGAGAUGAACAUUUACUGACUGCUCAUAACAUACAAAGCAUGUACAGGGUUCGACGAUUAGAUCGUUUACCAGCUCAUAAGCUCUUCAGUUCGAUUGCUUUCCAAAAUUAUCCUCCUCUGGAUUAUGAAAAGCUUUCGUAUGACAUAGUGGAUUACACCAAAGGACUUCCAUUAGCCAUUAAAAUUUUGGGUUCUUUCCUUCAAGGUAGAAGCUUACUUGAAUGGAAAAGCACAUUAGAUAGAUUGGAGAGAGUUUUCAAUGGAGAAAUCUUCAGUGUGCUGAGAAUAAGCUUUGAUAGUCUAGAUGAUUAUGACAAGGAUAUUUUUCUUGACAUUGCAUGUUUCUUCAAGGGAGAAAGUAGAAGUAAGGUGACAAAGAUUUUGGGGAGCUGUGAUCUCUGCCCAGACGUUGGAAUUGCUGUUCUUAUAGAUAAGUCGCUCAUCACUAUUGAGUAUGGCAAGCUGGAGAUGCAUGACAUGAUACAAGAAAUGGGAAGAGAAAUUGUUCGGAGGGAAUCUCCCAAAGUGCCAGGGAAGCGCAGCAGAUUGUGAUUCUAUAAGGAUGUGCUUCAUGUCCUAACAGAAGGCAGGGUACUAAAUUGAAUCAUGAUCUUCUGUUUUUGACGAUAUGUUUGCUUAUUUGGUAGGGUUAAAUCUGCUUAAGAAGUACUUUUGGCCUUCUUCUAAAAAGGGGUGCGAAUAUUUUUUUGCUAAGCAAUAUAAUGGCUAAGGGUCCCAUAAGAAUCACCUUUUCCACAUAUGUAAGGUUUGUACUAUUGACCUCUCCCUAGAAAGUAUAUUGAAAAAAUCUGUAGGAGCAUAAUUACUGUGUUUUUUUUUUUUUUUUUUCAUGAUUUGAGGUGUUAAUAGAACCCAUGAGUCAAAUGCUAAAGUAAAAGCAAAUCUGAAAGCUAAGAAAAAAAGGCGCUCAAAGCACACCAAAUCUUUUUUUUUUAUUAUUACUAGUUAGGUCCUUACAUAACCUAGGCACCUUUGUACUUAAAUUGUCUAUUCAUGUGUGUGCCGCCAGGGAACUAAUAAAGUAGAAGCAAUUAUGCUCAAGUUGCCCGCUCCUGAUACAGUGCACUUUAGUGCUCAAGCCUUCACAAACAUGACAAGGCUCAGAAUUUUCUUAGCUCCCAAUGUAAAACAUUCAGGUGAUCCCAUAUACUUUCCCGCGGAAUUAAGAUGGCUGGAAUGGCCUGAGUACUCUCAACCAUCGGUGCCGUUCAAUACAAGCGACAGGAAACUUGUAGGCCUAGACUUGAGUAAAAGCAGCAUCCGCAUAUUAGGGAAGGAAUUCAAGCUUUUUAGAAAUGUGAGGUCUGUUAAUUUUAGCUACUGUGUAUUACUGAGAAAAAUUCCUGACGUAUCGUCACUGCCAAAUCUUGAGAGUUUGGAUCUCCAAGAGUGCACCAAACUUGUUGAGAUUCAUCAGUCUCUUGGGCGUCUUGCCAAGCUCGUAUAUUUGAACUUUUUGAACUGCUGCAAUCUUAGCCGUUUCCCCAAUAGUCUGAAGGCAAGUUCUCUUGAAAAUCUUAUUCUUAGAGGUUGCUCAAAGCUUUCAAUGUUUCCAGAUAUUCUUGUACCAAUGAAACGUCUGAAAACACUUGCGCUUCAUGAGACUGCCAUUGAAGAACUACCGUCUUCUCUGGCAAAUCUUGUCGAACUGAAAGAGUUGUGUUUAAGCGAUUGUUUGGACCUUAAAAACCUUCCUUGUAGCAUCUAUACACUGCAGCAUCUUGAGCAUAUUUUUGUUGAUGGAUGCUCACAACUUACCAAGUUCCCGCAAUGUGUAUGGGGAUCAAGAGAUUGCACCAAUGUCUCUCUCCCGUUAGCCCUCUCAAGCGUUAUCAAUUUGAAUGUGCAAAGAUGCAGCUUAUCAGAGCUUAGUUUCUUGAAAAAUCUUCACUGCAUGUCCUCAUUGACGAUGUUAGAUCUGUCGGAGAACAAAUUUGUCAGUCUUCCUACCUGCAUCAGUCAAUUUACUAAGUUGCAGCAGCUUUGUUUGAUGCACUGCAAGCAGCUUCGAGAGAUUCUAGCUCUCCCCCCAAACAUAACAUCUUUACAUGCAAAAGGUUGUGAAUCUUUGGAAACAUGUGUGGACUUGUUAGAUGUGUUACGAUAUAAUCCAGAUGAAUCACCUUGGCUUAGACGAAUUGACUUCUCUGGCUGUCAAAAGCUAAUUCAGGAUCGAUGCUCCAGCAAUUGCACUAUGCUGUCAAUUGAGGGAUUGCUUGGAGAGACUCGGAUUGACAUUUUUCAUCCAGGAAACAAAAUCCCAAGGUGGUUUAAACAUCAAAGCACGACAAGACUCAUAAGGUUUCCUGUACUUUCAGAAUCAUACCGAGACAUAGCAGGCUUGGCCUUUUGUGCUAUUGUCAGUUCACCUACUCGUAAGGAAGUUGAUAUUUUGUGUGAGAUCCAGUUGUUUGUCAGCAAUCAAGAAACUUAUGGUGGUGUAGAUUGUUUUUCCUCGUUAGAGUCUGAUCAUGUAUGGCUCUUAUACAUUCCACGACGAAUGAUGUGGGGAUUGGAUGCGAAAUUGCUGAAUCUCCGCAGUCAAUUUACAAUACUGUUCCGAGCAUCGGAGGGGACUCUAAGAAGCUGUGGGGCACAUUUGGUGUACAGACAAGGUAAGCAACCAAAUGACGCAAACAUUGAUCCUUUGAAUGCAAACAAGAACCCUACAAGUUCUCGUGGUCGAAGAUGCAAAAGGAGUAAAUUGUUUUGAGACUCCUGAUAUCGUUACUAUGACUAGCAAUUAGCUUGUAAUUUAUUGUAGGGGGUUAUAUUAAUGCCCUUACGAGAGGCUUUGACUGUGUAUUUCCUCAUACUGAGAGUAAACUUACUGUUGUGUUAUUCUUUACCCUUAAGAUUAUGCGAUCACCUUCCAUC